AUGGAAGCAGACUGCCAAGAAUGCCCGCACGAAAGGCUUGAAUACGGUGUCCAAGCAAAUGAAACGAACACUAUUUUUGGUCUGCUUAAUUCCUGGUUCCUGCCGAUGCCUCCCGCAAACUCGAGGCUGUGUCGGGCAUCUCGUGCCGGUGUUCGAGCAGACUUCCCCAACACAAGGGGGGACUUCCACGCCGUUCCGGACCACCGGAUCACAGCGGCGUCUGCUUCAGACCCUGUGCACAAUGACUUGCUAGCCGGGAGGCGCCUGUAUCCACAGCAGCAGCAGCGUCUGGUACCAAUGUGCUGGUCAUCAGAAGCAGCCAAUGUGCGGGACACGGCCGCCCUGUCGCCAUCAGCUACUACCACCUCUCGACCACCUCUCGAUGGAUGGGGGGGAAUCAGCAUUGCGGACAGCUCCAUAACAGACAGCAGGCAGCGGCGGUCACCAUACCAGCUGCCCGCUCCCAAAGACAACAACAACAACAUCAACAACAACAACAUCAACAACAACAUCAACAACAACAACAACAUCAACAACAUCAACAAUAACAGCAGCAGCAGCAGCAGCAGCUCCGUGUCAACCACCUGGCAUGCAAAGCGCUAUGGGUUGGGGGCGCCACGGGAGGAUGCCCGUGUCCGGCCGCACGAGCUACCCCACAGCGGCAGCGGCAGCGACCCCAGUCCGAGCAACCAGCGAGGUGACUUCGGCGGCAACGCGGCGGACCACCCACACGGCGGAUCCAACGACAUCAGGGGCAACUCUGGGGGCUAUGAGGUCUCCGAUAUCUCCUUCCUAGGGGAGGGGUCGGCGGCGGGCAGGCAGCCAGGUCCACGGAGCACCUUGGACGUCGUGGAGGCCGCCGGCAACCCGCGGCAGCCCCCGGCGGCAGCAGGCGGCGGCCAGCAGAGCGCAGCGGGUGCAGCGGUGGCCCCUUCCGCACUAGACGCCCGCGGGGUGCUGCUGCGGGCUCGGGCUGUGGCCUGGGCGCGAGCUCUGCGCCCCAGUGCCAGGUCCGAGGGCGUCGUGAUGUCGGCGCUGUCCGGCAGCGGCUUCAGCCCACAGGACCCGCAGCAACCGCAACGGCAGGUUGGGGAGCAGCAGCCGGAGCAGCUGUGGCGGCGUCGCGGGCUGCAGUACCUCCUGCAACAACCUCCUGGAGUGGGGCUUCACGGUGAAAAGCAAAGUAGCAACCACCUCCACGACCACCUCCACGACCACCUCCACGACCAUCACCAUCACCACCAGCAGCAGCAGCAGCCACACAUGGAUAUCUCCUCCCUGUUCCCGCAGGGAACCAGCGAGAGCAGCAGCUUGCCCAGGGCCGCCGCCUCCACCUUCACGACCACCACAUCCACCACACCCACGGGAGAUCCCGCUGGCCCCAACCCCUACGCCAGCCUGCAGGCGCAGCAACAGACCGUGCUGGAGUCGCAAUUGCAGCGCCUGGCGGCUCAGUACGCCCAGCUGCAGUGGCGACAUGACCGGCUGCGCAGUGCAUACGAUGCCCAGAUGACGCAGCGGGAGCAGGUGAUCAAGCGACAGGAGGACACGCUGGUGGUGCUCCGGAACCAGUGUCUGGUGCUACAGCGGCGCACCCAGGCGCUGCUGACGCACAUGCGGUGCCCGGGGCCGGUGCAGGUGCCGGUGCCGAACGGCAGCAGGCCGCCAAUGCAGGAAGUGGGCCCGGGGGGCUGA